UUAUCGCGUUCUUCUUUGUCGUUGCUGUACUUGUAGGUGAUUGCCGUCCGCUUCAAUAACAACAACCGCCGCUGAACAAGCGUGGCUUACCUCAAAGGUCAGCCGAUUUCUCUCUGUUUCUCUCUGGAUUGUCUUGACACGUAACAAAUAAGAAACACCAUGGAGGAAGAGGAGCACUUUGUGAACAUAGACCUGAAUGAUGACAACAUCUGCAGCAUCUGUAAACUAGAGACGGACACAGGAACGCUUUCCUUUUGCCAUGUGUGCUUUGAACUGAGCAUAGAGGGUGUAUCCAGUGCCACCCUGCUGCACUCCAAAUCUCUACGUGGGCAUAGAGACUGCUUUGAAAAGUACCAUCUCAUCGCCAACCAGAAGCUCUCCCGCGCCAAGGCCUCCCACAGCACGUAUGAGGGCGUGAAGCGGGCUCUGAGCCAGCAAAUCAACCGCAUCGUACAAUACGCCCAGAACAGAGACUCCGUAACCGCUGAGACACCUGGGCGCUGGGGGGCCAAACAGAUUCUGUGUCACACUCAGCAGGGCGGCAGGAAGCUCGUGCCUCAAUCCGAUGCCCAAGUUCCCCGUUACGCCCCACGAUGGGCAGAGGAGGCAUCGAUGGUGGAGUCAGAGUAUGGGAAAACCAUGCUUGACUGCCAUUCUGCAGAGGAGCUGGGUCUCGGCCUGCUGCAGGGCUCACGCCAGGGACUGUGGGCUGGAGAGAGACACCACCCACAAGAACAGCAGAACCGAGAGCAGAGGAGACACAUGGGACACAGGCGAGAAGAGCUGGUGAGGAUGAGUGUGGAGGAGCUUCAUCAGCUGAACGAGCAGCUAUUGCUACAGAUACAAAAUGUGUUUGAGGAGCUGUCUGUAGCUGUGCAGGAGAAGGACUCUCUUUCAUCAGAGCUUCAUGUACGGCACAUAGCCAUCGAGCAGCUCUUCAAAAACUGCGCCAAGCUGCCGUGGCUCCAGAUCGGGCGGGCUGGGGUCAAAGCUGGCAACAACCCGGUGGAAUGAGUGCUUCUCUGGGACAACAGAGUCCCUCAAAGACCAAACAGGAGAUUGCAGCUCCAAGCAGACUCUCACGGAGGCUCGAAGUUCAAACGGACCGGAAACGCACAACACUGUGCUAAUGAGUUUAAAGUCACCUCGCUCUAAAAGGUGGCAUCUGAAUUCUGGACUUUUUGCAGACGUGUCCAAAGUGUUUCUAUGCAGUAUGAGGUGUUUUUAAAACUUUACAAAGACUUUUUUUCUUUUUAUUUUUUCCAUUCAUAUAUAUAAAUAUAUGCUCAUCUUCAUAUUACUGUUUACUCUCUACACUUGAUCAUUUUGGGUGCUUAAUAGACUUGGAUGAUGCUUUAGUGGAAGUUUACAUGUCUUGCUAUUUCACUCUCAAAACUGUGUUCUGACGUUUCAUAGGUGCUUUUUCCACCACCACAACAUUUCACGGGUUAUGAUUUAAGAAAAUAGCAGUUUGGACAUUAAAGUUUCACAAAUGCACAAAUGUUAAGCACAGGCCUAACUUUGAUUUAGGCUUAACUCUGUGCUGGGAUUAAUAUCGGAGAGAUAGAAAUGCUCAACCAAAGCCUUUGUUACCACAUGGUAACUAUUUCAGUAUUUAUUUUUUUAGGACAAUUAUUUGCUUGUUACAAAUAUUUAAAACCUUUGGUUUUAAUUUCUGUAGUGUUUAGAGGUUGUUUUCUUGUGCUAUUAUAGUAUUUAGGGUCCAUGCAUAAACUGAAAGAAUAGUCAGGGCAAAGUGGGAAUUUACCCAGCUGUCUUGAUUUCAGAUUAGACUGUGGUGCCACCUGGUGGUCACUCAGAGAAUCCUCUCCACUUACUGCCCUGAUGUGUGUGCAUGGUUAAGUCUGU